GGAUCAUCUGUUGCAGCAACACAUGUCGAAAACUACAUCUGCAAUAAGGAUUUGACAAUCCCUGUUUAAGGACAACCGGACCUGCACGCUGCAUUCCUACAUGCGUGAAAUUUCCAGCCUCAGAAUGCCAUUAAAACCUGCUGCUCGCUGUCAGACUUGCCUGCGCGUUCUCGACAAUCCAGUCGAGGCACCACCCCGCGCUCCCGCCCCCGCCCCGCCCAAGCGUGUACUGGGGGCGCGCCUCUCACUACUCAAACCAGCAGCAGCAUCCGCGUGGAUUAUCCGCAGCUGCAUGAUAAACCUUGAGGGGGUGAGGAUCAGGGGGCGUGUCCAUAACCCACCUUAUUUACUAACGCAGGUGCCAAGGGACGAGCGCAGAGACAACCGGAGGAAUGUGUCUUCUGAGCACAUGCUUGCUGGAGCCUCUGAGGAGACAAAAGUAAAGAAAGAGAAGUCACGUUGGGGACAUUCUAAAGACAGGUCCAACCCUGAGAAUGUCCAUGUGGCUGGAGGAGUUCUGGCACUCUGGGCACUGGUCACCCACAUUAUGUACAUUCAGGACUACUGGCGCACAUGGCUCAAGGGACUCAAGUUCUUCAUGUUUGUUAGUUCCGUCUUCUCCCUCCUGGCUGUUGCAGCUUUUGCCACAUUCAUAGCUUUAGCUGUUCUAGAAAAGGAAUCAAUAACUGACCCCAAAAGCUUCUAUCUGUCAUCCGUGUGGAGCUUCAUGACUCUUAAAUGGGCCUUCCUGCUGGGCAUGUACUCCUACCGUUACCAUCAGGAGUUUGCUGACAUCAGCAUCCUCAGUGACUUUUGAUUGGCUCCUUCAUCUGUAAUAGAUUUGUAGUUGCCAGUCGGUGGCUUCACCUGCCAAUAUGAAGAUGGAAGGAUGGAUGGAUCUCCUUUUAUAAUACCAUCUUACGGCCUCCUUGCUUUUACAGAAAAGACUCAAAUCUCAGCCCCUCCUUCCCUCUGAUCCAUGCCCUGGAGUAAGAAGUCAGUGAAUGUCUGCGAUCUGCCUCUUUCCUGUCAUUUUGAGUUAAUAGAGGGUUUUAUAUUGACAUUGGAUAAAGGUAUGACAAGUGUUUGCAUAGGCAGUUAAUACAUUAGGAUUUGGUCACAGGUAGUUUUUACUUUACCCAGGGCAGUGACGGUCCAAAAUGUCAUAUUUGAAAUGAAGGCUUUCCUCUACUGUCAGAAAAAAAGCACAACAAUUGUACAUUUAGGGGUGCAACAAGCUUGUCACAGGCCUUGUCCUAGUGACAAUAUGCAUUCCUAGGCAACCACUAUAAACCUUUUUGGGUGAAUUUGGUCCAAUUGCUGAGGUUCAAUGUUUGCCAAUGUUUUUUUCUCAGAGUAGUAAAUUAGUUUACAGUUUUCAGUCAGCGAUGGUGGAAUUGACUUUGAUUUAAUGUUACUAUUGUUUUCAGACAUAGACCGUGUUCUUUAUUGUUUGCCAUGUUAUUUCUCUUUAAAUGUUGUUUAUACUGAGUUCUAUUUAUGACGGACUGUGAUCGGAACUGCAUACUACCAUAAUAGUAUUUCUGCAGUAUGUACACUAGCUUUUUUUUUUUUUUAUAUGUUUAUGAAAGAAGUAUAUUAUGCUCACCAAGGCUGCAUUUAUUUGAUCAAAAAUGGAUUAAAACAGUUAUAUUGUGAAAUAUUAUUACAGUUUAAAUUAUCCAUUUUCUGUGUAGUGCAUACUGUUCUCCCAAACAGUGCACAGGACACUAUAUAUAUCUCACAAUGAAGGGCAUAUGACUUCAACGUGAUGAGUAGUGAGAAAUGUUAGCCUUUUAACAUGUUGACUCAUUAUUUGAUCAGACUACUAAAAAUCAAGACAUCCAAAGUAACUAAAUACAUUAUUACUCAUUGAAAUGUGACAAUGUAGCAUUCUAAGCUUAUUGGUGCAUAAUGCAUUCUGUUUUGCACACUACCUUUAUAUGCAUAGUUGUAAAUAUGUGGCAGUAGUAUUCAGUUCCGAACGUUACUGUUGAUGCAUUAUUAUUAUGCAGUUCCACUGUUUGCCGUAAGCGGCGGUGAUGGAGCAAUUGAAUGAAUGGCUAACUGGUGUUCAUUCUUCUGCAGAUAUGUUUUUAGUGACAUUAUUACUUAAUUGUGUUAAGUUAUAACCAUGAGCUGGAUUCACCACAUUUUUGAAAAUGUAAUAUGUUAUGCCAUCUGAAAUGCUACUUUGGGAUUUUUUUUAUCAGAUAAAACAAAUACGUGUUUAUGUUGUGAAAUUCAUGUUCUUUGUUCUUUUAAAAGAUGAGUGCUCAGUCUCUGUGUGCGUUGAGCAGAUGUUAAGUAUGCAUGGGUCUGAUUUGUGAUCAUUUGCAGAUGUUAAAGGAAUAGUUCUCUCAAAAUUCUGACAUAUAUUCACUGCCAUGUCAUUUAAACCCAUUUUUUUAUAUAGUAAAAAAGGAGACCAUACAACUCAUAUUAGAGCUUUGUAUGAGAAACAAACUAAAGUUUUAUCAAUUACUAAAUGAACUUCUCUUUUGUGUCCCACAAGGGAGAGAAAAAAAAAUUAUAAUGAGGUUGAGUAAAUCAUUUCAAAAGUUUUUUGGAAAACCAUUCACUUUUAGGAGCCAAAAAGUAUCAAAAACAGAUUACUUUGCACUAGAUUGCAUAGAAAUGUUAAAUGUAUUAUUUGUUUAAAUGAGAAUAAGGGGUCACCAUCAAAAUUGUGAACUUUUAUCUACAAUAUUUCACUCUAUAGCAUGUAUGUAAAGAAGAUUUGUACUAUAUGUUGCUUAAAACUUUGCACAGUAUGUGUUACAUUGGGACCUUUAAAGGCAAUUAAAGUACUGCUGUUUUAAUCUA